AUGCCUUGCCAACACAGGUCUGACCACGUUUCUGCUCACUGCUUUCUUAUGACCCUUCUGGUAACACUGCUGUCUACAUCCUCUGAUGCCUGUGGUGAGCCACCAAGAUAUGAAAACAUGAUGGUCAAUGGCGAUAUUAAAACCAGUUAUGCUGCUGGGGAUCAAGUGCAAUACUCGUGUAGACCAGGGUACAUGAAACGAUCUAACAAGAUCUCCAGUGUGUGUGGUGCAGAUGGCCAAUGGUCACCCAUUUCAAAGGGUGUGUGUAUCAGAAAACGAUGUCCACAUCCAGGUGAACUUUUAAAUGGUGACAUAAAGUAUCUGAAUGAAAGCUUGGAGUUUGGUGCACAAAUUGAAUAUGUUUGUAAUCAUGGGCACCAUUUAGUUGGUGAAAGAAUUCAACAGUGUAUUGUCAUAGAAAAAGGUGUGCAGUGGAGCAGUGUACCCCCAGAAUGUAUAAAGGUUCUAUGUAAACCGCCUCCAAAUAUAGAAAAUGGAGAAUUCUACCCAAAUCUUGACGACGUAUUUGAGUUUCAGCAAGUGGCAACCUACAAAUGUAAACAGGUAUCUGGCAAGGAUGAACUGUCCCUUGUUGGAGAGAGACAAAUAAUUUGCUCUGAAAAUGGAACAUGGAGUGCUAACCCUCCUGAGUGCAAAGUGGUCAAAUGUCCAUAUCCUGUAAUUGAAAAUGGGAAACAGACAUCAGGAUACCGCAAGAAACAUUAUUAUGGAGCAGUGAUUACAUUUGAAUGUAACCAAGGAUUUUCCCUUCAUGGAAGUGAAAAAGUUGUGUGUGAGAGUAAUAGUAUGUGGCAGCCACCAAUUCCAGCAUGCAGGAGCCAGCCACAACCUCCCACCCCACCCUCUCCAACACCAGCUCCCCCAACCCCUCCCAAACUCCCUUUCCCACCUCCUUUGACACCCCCUCCCACACCCCAUGCCACACGCCCUCGCAUAUCACCUCCCACACCCACUCCAACACCCCCUCGGUCAACAUCUUCCAGUACAAAAGUCUCUAACAAAGGAAUAUCACUGAAUUUUGGAGAUUCAACUGGAUGGAUCAUUUCUCUGAUAACUAUGGCUUCUCUGGAAUUACAGUAA